AUCGGAGAACUAAACAUGGGACGCCUUCAACAUUCAGUAGCUGCGCUGCUUCUUGUGCUAUCAAUUGCCGCGAUCACCGGCACCACAGAUGCACAGGAUGAACAAGGCCCAUUGGUGCGGAUUGGAGCACUCGGAUCAGUCUUGGGUACCAUGGGAGAAACUGCCUGGACUUCAAGACCCAUCUACAAGUUCUUCAACAUCAAGUAUGCAGAGGCACCGGUAGGAAGAUAUCGUUUCCGCCCUCCUCGAAGCGUACGUCCUUGGUCCGGAGUCAUGAACGUUACUGCUCCUGGUAGAGCCUGCCCCCAGUCUCGCACGAGCGCUAUAGAUGAUCCAAACGCUGAAGAUUGUCUGACGCUUUCCGUCUACUCCAACGAUCUUCGAGCUAGACGUCCUGUCAUGGUUUACAUCCAUGGAGGUGCAUUCGUACUCGGUUCGGCAGAGGGCUAUGGUCCAGAAUAUUUGCUCGAGGAAGACAUCGUCCUUGUCGUUAUCCAGUAUCGUUUGGGUACGCUUGGAUUCCUCUCUACUGGUACCGAAGGUAUUCCUGGUAAUGCUGCCAUGUACGAUGUGCUGGAGUCCCUCGAAUGGGUAUCUCGACACAUUCGUCACUUUGGUGGAAAUCCACUCCAAGUUACGGUUUUCGGUGAGUCCGCCGGAGGACAUGCAGUGUCCGCACUGUUGCACAGCCCUCUAGUGCGUGAGGAUCUCUUCCAACGCGCCAUCAUUCAAUCCGGUACCACAUUUAUGCCGUGGGUCAUCUGUCAGGAUCCUACCGAGGGUGCUUACGAAAUCGCUAGAAUCAUUGGGUGCAACAUGACAUCACCUAGACAGAUCGAUUACUGUCUGAAAAAUGCAUCAGUUCGGGAUCUCAUUCAGGCACAAAACCAACAUAAGAGAAAUGAAUUCAGUUCCCCAGGAUACCCAAAAGUAGCCGGUGCUUGCAUCACCGUCGGUGGGCCACUCGGAGACCAAAACUUCUUGCCCGUUCAUCCUAAGGAGUCUACCUACUUCCGAGACAUUCCAAUCAUCUUCGGUAUGAACUCUCAGGAGGGACUCAUAUUCUUCAACGAAUAUUUCCGCUAUGCCCUCGACUCGCAACCCAUUGAAUUCGAAGACCACUGGGAUUUCCUCGAGUUUGUCAAAACCGUCAACGUCAAGUUUGGAUCUUCCGCUUUCGUCGAUGCUGUCGUUGGUUACGAGCUCUUGACCAAAGCUACCUGGGAGGAAAUAGAUCGUGCUAACUUUUCCGAAAUAGUGCCUGUGCUCAUUGAUAUUAGUGGAAACUUGGCCCUGAAGUAUGGAUCGAUGCAGGAGGCCAACCGAUUCGCUAGGGCGCAUCCCGGACAAAUCUACCUUUACAACUUCGAUUACGUAGGGCCCCCGUCUACGACACCAGGAUUCCCGUAUGACUUCCCUAACACGGUUGGACAUGGUGAUGAACUUAAGUAUCUCUUCCCGAUGUCAAGCGACCUCGGUGAAGUGCACGUCCAGAUGGCUAAAAUCAUGGUUGGUCUAUGGACAUCUUUCGCAACUACUGGUGUACCACAGGCUGACAACGUCAUUCCAUGGCCGACUGUAUCUCGACCAUACGGCCCCUACUUCCGACUAGUCAACCCACCAGAACGGAUGGAGUACUUCGUGCACGAGCUUACUAACAGUGUUGAGAAGGCUCGAGGACCCAGACAAUCGAACGAUCUUAAAAGUUGUGUAAAUCUAUUUCGCAAGCGGGAUCCCAAGAACUGA